GGCCAAUACAUUAUUUAGGGUUUCUUCGAAGCUAAAAGCAGCAAAAACCCACGAAGGAGAAGCUGCUCGUCAAGCGUAUCGAACAGGAUUUCAAAAACCCUAGUUGCAGCCGAAUAUGGCCGAUCAAGAUGAGUUUCGCUGCUUUAUUGGGAACCUAUCGUGGUCGACAUCGGACAGAGGUUUGAAGCAGGCAUUUGAAAAGUUUGGCCAUCUUGUGGAUGCAAAGGUUGUGGUCGACAAAUUUUCAGGCCGCUCGCGCGGGUUUGGAUUCGUCUCCUUCGACGACGAGCGCGACAUGGAAGAAGCCAUCAAGGCAAUGAACGGCAUGGAUCUCGAUGGCCGGUCCAUAACCGUCGAUCGGGCCCAGCUCAACCAGGGCUCGGGCCGGGACCGUGAUCCUAUGCCCCAAUGGCUAGCUAUUUUUCACCACUUUGGUGGAGCCGUGUCUGUGAAAUGUAGUGAUUAG